UUUUACACUUCCGGGACACGUCAACGAAGUCAGCGCUCAGACGAACGUCAGCCUUUGGCUGCAUCGCUCUACCAGAAUCAUCAUGGAGACUUUGUACAGCAUUCCGUUCGUUGUUCUUGAAUGUCCGAAUAUAAAGCUGAAGAAGCCUUCAUGGCUGCACAUGCCGUCGGCCAUGACCGUGUAUGCGAUCGUUAUUGUGUCCUACUUUCUCAUCACAGGAGGAAUCAUCUACGAUGUUAUUGUAGAGCCUCCAAGUGUUGGCUCGAUGACUGAUGAGCAUGGACACCAACGGCCAGUUGCCUUCCUGGCUUACAGAGUUAACGGCCAGUACAUUAUGGAAGGUCUGGCCUCAAGUUUUCUCUUCACAAUGGGAGGCCUGGGUUUCAUAAUCCUGGACCGCUCCAACGCACCGAACAUUCCAAAACUCAACCGCUUCCUGCUUCUCUUCAUCGGGUUUAUCAGCGUUCUCCUCAGCUUCUUCAUGGCCAGAGUGUUCAUGCGCAUGAAGCUUCCAGGAUACCUCAUGGGCUAAGGAUACAAACAUCAAAGAUCAACAGAGUCAGACAUAAAUGGCACUGGCGUCCUACAGGAAGUAGCAUUUAGAUCACCUGUAAAUGUUACUGCUCAUCACACAUGAAGACAUUUUGGAUUGGAAGCACUGACCAGCUGAAGAACUGAGACCAUCCCGUCACAGUCGCAUCUGCUCUGUUUGACUUCAUUUCUCCCUUUUCUUUCACCAUCACGUUAGUCUUUGUUGGCUCUGUUUGUAGGUUAUCACAGGAAAACCUAUUGCCACUAUAGCAUACAUCAGUAGAGGGUGAAAUGUUCAUGAAGGCGAGAAAUGGUGAGGAUGAAGCAUUCAGAAAUAAAAUGAGUUCUAUGUGAUUCUAUGGGUGUCUACAUUGGUCUGCUUUGUAUAGAAAAGGUCUUGAACCUGUAACGGUUUCAUUUUUGUACAAGGUUGUGAAAUAAAUCUCCCUUUACAGAAAUCCUCCAGCUUUUUAUUUGCUUCAGUCCUUAAAGAGAAACUUACCAGCUUGGGUUUUGUUCAUCAGUGAUCCUGGAUGCUGUCACUGCUUUUUGUUCUCUUCUGUCUUGCUGGGUUGUUUCCUGAAAACGGAUCAGUUCACCUGUUUGAAUUCAAAUAAAAUGCCAUUUUUCCUCCACAAGGUGGCGUUACUGCUCACAUUUUUUUUGUUCCGAGUUGCUUUUGAGCUAGUGUCCCAUGGAGCACCCCAUAUUGUUCUUCAGACAUGUUUGUUUUCCUCUCGUCUUUGAUCACCAACUGUAAACUUUAAUAAUUAUUUUCAUGAGAUUUGAGAAUCAUGUGAUUAAUGAUCUACAUAGAAACUGGACCACAGUGAAAUAAAAGAAGAAACUUU